AUGGGGAAGUCCACUAUUUUGAAGAGCUUGGUUCGAUUUUGUGAUGCAGUGGAAAAUCUGUACACCAAGGACUACCUACGCAGACCUACGCCCAGGGACCUGCAACAGCUUCUACAAAAAGCUGAGUCCCGUGGAUUUCCUGGAAUAAUUGGUAGUAUUGACUGCAUGCACUGGCAAUGGAAAAAUUGUUCAUUUGCUUGGCAAGGGGAUUAUGGUAAUCGGAAAGGGCAGAAAAGCAUCAUCCUCGAAGCAGUUGCCGGUUUUGAUACCUGGAACGGGUAUUAUCUAGCUGAUGGUAUCUACCCGAGAUGGACAACAUUUGUGAAAUCAAUUCCACAUCCCCGAUCCGAGAAGGAAAAUUUUUUUGCUGCCUAUCAAGAGGGGUACAGAAAAGAUGUGAAGAGGUGCUUUGGUAUCCUUCAAGCUCGGUGGGCUAUUAUCAGGGGCGCGGCGCGUCUAUUUGACGAGGAGGUGCUCAGAAGUAUAAUGAUGACUUGUAUCAUCCUCCACAACAUGAUUGUGGAAGAUGAGUAUGAUUAUGAUGUUGAGGAAGUGUAUGAGCCAGAUCCCAUGAACACGACCUUAACACGAAUUUAUGAAAAACCUAUGGGGCCAAAUGGAGAACCAGUGCAGCAUGAUCCUGGGGAUGCUGUGGUUGGAGAGGUGAGAAGGAUAAGGAAGAUGGGGGAGAAGGGAGCAUUGGUAAAAUCGAAGGAGGAUGACAACAAAGAAGGCUCAUUUUGA